GCUGCCUACCUCCUAUUUGGCCUACCACAAGAUGGCGAUAUUGCGUAAUUACAAUUUGUCUUUACUAAAGUGGUACACACUACACAGCAAAUUCUCGCGUUGGCAUUGGGCUUCAUUCACGAACGACGCCAACAUCAGCGCGUGUCUGGACUGUUGUGAAAUCUCCCGGUUCACGAGGAGACAGAAGACCUCCAAGCAGAGCAGAGCGAUGGAGAAGAAGCGGGGUGCAUCUCAUCAGUACGGGGCUCUGGAAUGUACUCAAUGGACAACGGACAUUAAGGAAACAGAGGGAGACGCUGUUUCCAUGGCGGACUCCAGCGUAACCAAGGACGACAUCGAGGGGGAGCUUUUCAAGAUCGAGAGGAUCCGGGACGUGCUGGUCCGCAGGGAGUCAGAGCUCAGAUACAUGAUGGAUGACAUCCAGCUCUGUAAGGAGAUCACACGUCUGAAGAAGGAGCUCCAGAAGCUGGUCUCCAUUCCAGAUAAGGACAAGUCAGCGGAGGACCGGCAGAGAGAGGAGCAGCUCCUGCUGCAGAUCCACAAGCUGGUGGAGACCAGAGACUACCUGGUGGAGGACGUGGAGUUUGAGCGGCUACGAGAGAGGGAAGAAGACAAAGAGAUGGCAGAGUUUCUAAAAACCAAGUUCCCUGAAAACAAGAAGAAAGGUACCGUCCCCGUCAGAAGGGGGGCCCGGCGGGCCCCGCAGCAGCCCUCCUCCCCCCUCACCAGGACCGGCCUCAGCCUGCUGAAGGAGUGCUGUGGCUUCACCUGCUCCGUCAUGUAGAAUCACAGAGGGACCGGUCUGAAGGGCCAGGAACCACUCGGACAACCACGCCCCCACAAAAUGGGCCCCAAAUUCUCCUGUUUCAGAUGUGCGGCUGGAACAGAAUCUGGGACAGAGAUGCACAAGUAACAGUGUCAUUAAGAGCAGCUCUGGACUAGUUUCAUAUGUUUCUGCUCUGGCCCUGUCGGUGUGAAGCUUGGACCUGAUCAAAUGUCUCACUGUUUCACCAGCCGUUCACUUUGUUCUCACCUGCCAUUAACUCGGACCAAACCGAUCUGGUUUCAUGUGUUGUGAGUGAAAUCACAGCAUUCACGUCACACAUUGAGCCACCGUUUAUAGUAUAAUGCUCCUCAAUCAGCUAAGCUAACGAGGCUAACAGAGCUUCUCCAACUGAAUAUAUAAAGAGCACACAAACGGCUGAGUCAUUCAGGAGUGUGACAUGUCACCACACUCACUGGGAGCCUGCAUCAUUAGCAGCAGGAGAUGUCCCUAAUGAAGUUGACAUUAGUCCUCACACAGUCAUUGGUUAACGAGCUGCCUGUGGAUUCUAUGGUGCCAGACCUUCUAUGAUAGCGGUAGUACUGGAGGGGUCUGGUCAGUUUCUAGAUUUUCUCGAAAGUUAAUAUCUUAUAUACAAUUCGUUGUGGCUGGACCGUUCAAUAUUAAUUUGAAAGUUCUUCUCAUUUCCCGUUGGAUGUGGGCCUAUCCUCACGUAAAUUACGAAAAUCGUUUUGCGCGAGUUGUUGCACAGACACUCACAGAUUUUAUUCUCAUAGCUUCUCCACGCCUUCAGUAAGACAUGUCAAUACACUAGUAGAAGGGGGUCCCUUAAGGAUUGCUAACAAGUGUUGACAAAGGACUCAAUUUCCCAGCAUGCUGCAGCCUACUGACUGACCCAGAGAAACCUGUUCCUUCACAGGGUUAGCGAUACAUCCAGUGGGACGAUGCCAUCAGCAUGACAUUGCGAGCUGUGUUCAGACAGAACAGCGUGUGGACACUGACCCAGUAUGAGAGCCGCUGCAGUGGUGCGUGAUGAUAUCUCUAUAGCCAAUCAAAUCCUUGCGCAGUGUCUGGUUUGGGUCACCGUGGCAACCUGGAUGCCUCCUCCCCCAAAAGCUUUACAUUACCAAUGUAUACAGGUGGUUGGUUUUGAGAACAUUCUGCGUGUCACAUUCUUGCUACAUGAGCCUCAGUGUCACAGUUUCCUCGCUAAUGCUAAGAAACCAUGUGCACCUACUCCUACUCCAUGUUUAAUCAUAUAUAUGAUUAUCAGGACAAAAAACAUAGUUAAGCAUUACAUAACAUAAAAAGCAACAAAGUAUAUUUGGUGUAGAUAUUGCAGUAGAAGAGAGUAAAUAUGAUGUAGAUAUUACAGUAGCGGAUAACAGAUAUGUCGUAGAUAUUACAGGAGAGGAAAGUAGAUGUUACAGAAGAGGAGAGGAGAUAUUACAGUAGAGGAGAGUAGAUAUGGUUGUUGAUUGUUAACUAACUCUGACAGGUAGUUAGCAGUUCUGGGAGAAAAAUCGUACUCGCAGAUGAAACACGAGAGAGACUGCAAAGAGAGAGAGAGGGGGGGUGGAAUAGGGCUUGGCGAGAGAGUGUGAGUGAGUGUGUGUGUGUGUGUGUGUGUGUGUGUGUGUGUGUGUGUGUGUGUGUGUGUGUGUGUGUGUGUGUGUGUGUGUGUGUGUGUGUGUGUGUGUGUGUGUGUGUGUGUGUGUGUGUGCUUCAGAAUGAGUCACUCUGAGGACCAGACACCCCGCUGGCUUCUGGUCAGUCUUGCCUUCCCCUGAAUAACACUCCUGGUGAAAGGGCACGGAUGUCAGUUCCACAUCACAGCCUCCCACCCUCAGCCUGUUUAUGAGAGCAAAGACCCGAAACAUCUGUGGAAGAUCGACAGGUUGUUAUGCGUACACAAACGGAGGCCACUCGUCCUCCGCAUGUGUCGUGCUCGUGACUGUGACGUAGUGAACACAAGGACAUGGCUCGGAAAGUAGACACGUAGGCGCUCGGUUACUAUGGUUACAUGUUGUUUUGAUUGGGCAUCUGCCUUCAUGUUAAUUGAUUUCCGUGGUGCGGUUGUGUGAUGUUGGCAACACUGUUUUCUCAUCCAAUGUGUAAUGAAUACGUGUUUUGAAUUUUUCUGAUGCAUAACCUUGAACCACUGCCCUCCAGCACAACCUCAUGCCGUCUGCUGGAUGUAGCAGAAAAAUACACUACAGUAGGAAGAAAACAAAGCUUUUUAGGUGUUUGUAAGGCGUUAUAAUAGUAUAUAUAUAUUUCUAUGACAUCCGUCCUGUGUUACUAUAUGAAUUUGUAUUUUGGUGUGAUUGAAUACAGAUUAUGCAGCCAACACUGGGGUAGAUUUUCCAUGCUGAAUCCUUUCAUCAAAUGUAUUUAAAGACAUACCAGUUUAGGAGAAGAAGAAGAAGAAUGUGUUGAAUAUGAUAUGAAUGUCUAAUUCAUUUCCAUACGAAAGCAAAGUUC